AGAUAUACAUAAGCGAGAGGCGAGACCGCCUAAACUUUCGGUUUCGCUCUCUUUUGUAAUGGUCAGCCCAUGAGAAGAAUGAUGUGUUACAACUUAAAAUGUAGCAUCGCAGGAAAUCUUGGCACAGUUCUGGAGAGGUUUUGGGUUAGUCAACAUCAAACUGCAUUUGCGGGGGCACAGAAUCAGUCAUCCAUGCUGUGGGACCAUGGAGGAAUGGUAUGAGUGGGCCCUGAUUCAGAAUGGUCCAGCAUAAUGACACUGACCAUACAGUUGCGCGACAAGGCCCAUCCAAGCCGGCCGAGAGCCCCAAACCCUCUUCUGUCCCAUCAACACACUUUCACCCUUUUCGGGACCAGAAGGAAUGUGAACUCAUCACCCAGACUGUGGAUUACCUGAAACACAGUGGAUUUUACUGGGGUCCUUUGGAAGUAGAUGAAGCUCAUGCACGACUGGCCAGACUUCCUCUUGGGACAUUCCUGAUCCGGGACAGCAUGCAGGCGAAUGUUUUCUUCACUCUCAGCUAUCAGGCUCCCGACGGCCCGACCAGUGUGCGAGUGCUCAUAAAAGAUGGAGUUUUCAGUUUAGCGGGCAGUAAACAUACUUUCUCUUGCCUUUUUGGCCUGCUAGGAUAUUAUAUUGCGUCCCCAAAAAAGAGUCUGAGUAUGCCGUAUCGUGGAGAUGUGCCGCAGAGCCUACAGGAAUUGGCAAGAAGAGCAGUGGUACAGAGUUUUGGGAAAGAUAGCAUUCAACAACUGCCUGUGAGCAAGAAACUUAAAGAAUUUCUGUGGUUGUACCCUUUUAGUAUAUGAAUGUGUGUAAUCUAUAUGAAGAUGUUACAGACGUUGCAGCUCUUUAACACAGUACAAUUUAUUGGGACCCUCAUCUCAAGGUACAUUUCAUAAGGCAUUGUCACAUUAGUGAAAUUUCAUGGGCAAAAAAAAUGUCCUUUGUUCAUUGUCAAUAGUGUAGCGACAUAUGAAAACCUAGUAAAUUUAUUUCGGUCACUUUGCAACUUUGUGCAACCAACUUCAAGUUGGUAGUGUAACAAGCUCCCAUCACACUGACUUCUGUUGAAAUGACUAGACAAUGCUCACUAAAUUUCACCUAUAGGAUUCUGUGCUCUUCAUUGACCCAACUAGUACAUGUAUUUAUGUGUAUAGUGAUUGUUUGGACAUUAAAAGAUGCACUACAAAACAGUUUUAUUUUUUACAUAUGCAGCAAGAUCAUCAGAGCACCACUUCAGUCGAUUGAAUUUAAUGCAAUAGCUGGUACUUGGGCCAGUGUUAGAGUUUGUAUUUGUGUAAAAUGAGUUAUUUGUUACUUAGUUACUUUUACAUAGUAUUGUCUGUCUUUACAUAUGAAUGUAAACCACUGACCACUUGGUACUGGUGAUAUCGAUAUCAGUAUGAACUUUUGGAUUGUUUUUAUAUAAUGGUACAUAUGUUCAAUAUGUAGGCUAUAUAAUUAGUUUGUAUUGUAUGGAAACAUCAUUUCUGCUAUGCAGAAAUACACAUUUCACCUAGUGAGACAUAAAGGUUUGAUUUGUUUAGUAUAGCUUUUUAUGAAUAAAGAUAAAUUAUUUGAUGCGA